CACAAACUCGUUUCCACCGAAUCCUCGCCGUUUGCAAACAGGAUAUACAUGUAAAGUAUAGCAAAAACACCAUGGCGAGCCACGAGCAGUACAUACUGCGCGUCACUGCAGGCCCCACAUACGAUGUGGCCCAGCACGACCCUGUUCCUGUCAACAGCGAAAGGCCGGUGCGCAUAACCUCGGACCUCAUAGACGCAAAGCUACACAUGCGCAUCAAAGACUUCCGGGGCCUGCCCGAGGGCUCACCAGCGACGUCGCCCUACUUUUCCACGCCGCAACAUGUCUACGAUCGUUACUCGAUAUCCUUUUCCUUUACGCCCAGGAGCGACAUUGCCGGCGACAAGCUCGUGUUCGGAAACGACUUUGACCACCCAAUUCGCGAUCGGCUGCCGCCGCUGUUCGACAAGGCGUUUGGCAUAGUCAAGUGGUGGAUUGAUCCAGGACUGGACGGCGAUGUGUACGCCGACGAGCCGUAUCUGUACGGCGCGCUGCUGUCGUCGAUCAACGUAUUGCGCAUCGGGGCCAAGAACGAAGAGGAAAAGCCUGGCGAUGCAUCAGAACAAGGCGAGGCGGCCAUUUACGAAGAAGGCGCAGAUGGCGACGGAAUGGACAUCAGGAAAGCAAAGGGCGUGCCCGACAAGCCAGGCGCGCGACAAAAGUUCUUCUUGACCCAACAGAACCGCGAUGACUUUACCUUUGAGGCCGGCCGCGAGUACAUGUGCGACUUUUUCAACCCGUACCUGGACUUUAACGAGUUUGCGCUCAAGAUCGGCUACGGGCUUCCCAACAUCUCCAUGAUCCGACACUGGGACGGGCAGCCGCUGCGAUACGUGCUCAAAAACCGCGAGACGAACCAAGAGCUCUUUGUGGUGGUGAUUGAGCUGGUGCCGACAGAACAAGCCAAGAAGGACGGCGUCGAGGACGCCAAGGAGAAGUUUGAAGAGGUGCAUGGGACGAAGGACGAAGACACGAAUGGUCACCAAGACGAACUGGACUAAUUUACGCCCGGCGUUUUCUUUCUUUUUUUCUCUUCGAGGGUGGCAGAGUGAUAGGGCAGGGUCUGAAUCAGCGCGGCGUUAUGGUACUGGGGCGAGUUAUAUAUGGGCGACGGCUGUGGCGGGGUUAGACGGCACUACUGUAUGCACUACUAUAGGCGCUAGCUGUACCUGCGUCUGGCGGCAUGGGGCUAUCUGUUUGAAGUAUAUAUAGAUAUAGAUAUAUAUAUAU